CUCUCUUUCUUUCUUUAAACGCGCGUCUCUAUGUGUGUGAUUUUUCACGCCACAUGAAAGUGAUGACCAGUACGUAGUAUCUAUGUUUUUCUGUACAUGUAUCUCUUGAUCUAUAUUUGGUCAUAAUUAUAUAUAUCUGAUUGAAACUGUGGGUCUCAACUGCUCUAAGCUACAAAGCCAUGGACGCUUCUUCCUUUGAAGGUUUUGCACUUGAUCCAUCAAAGUGCAAUAAUUUGAGUAUGGAGGAAAAGAGAGAAUUAGUUUAUGAAUUAGCAAAGCGGUCACAUGGUGCCCCUGAAAUGCUGCAAUCUUGGAGCCGUCAGGAGAUUUUGCAGAUAUUAUGUGCAGAGAUGGGAAAAGAAAGGAAGUAUACUGGAUUGACAAAAUUAAAAAUAAUAGAAAACCUUCUGAAAAUUGUGUCUGAGAAGAAAUCAUUGGAGCAUGGAACUACAUCUAAUCUUGAAAUGCAGCCUUCAUCAGAGAGUGGCCAGAAGAGUUCCAAAAGGCAGAGAAAAGCUGAGCAUCCAAGUCGUUUUCCUGUUGAGGCCAAUACUUCUUCAACAACAAAUAUUGAUGUUAGUUUAGCUAAUGUUGUGUACUGCAAAAAUUUGGCUUGCAGAGCUAAAUUAAGUUGUGAAGAUGCAUUUUGCAAAAGGUGUUCAUGUUGUAUUUGCCGUAACUAUGAUGACAACAAGGACCCUAGUCUAUGGUUGAUUUGCAGCUCAGAGCCUCCUUUUCAAGGGGAUUCAUGUGGGAUGUCAUGCCACCUUGAGUGUGCAAUUAAGCACGGAAAAUCUGGUAUUGCAACUGAUAAAUUAGACAAGGGCAAUAACGGCACCUUUUAUUGUGUAUCCUGUGGAAAAGCUAAUGAUCUACUCAGUUCUUUGAAAAAACAACUGAUUACAGCAAGAGAUACCAGGCGCGUAGACAAUUUAUGUUAUAGGCUUUCGUUGAGCCAAAAAAUUUCAGUUGGCGCCAAAAAUUGCCAAAAGCUGUGUGAAGUUCUUGAUGAAGCAGUGAAGAAGCUUGAAGAAGAUGUAGGCCCUUUGACUGGUUUGCCUGUGAAGAUGGCUAGAGGUAUAGUGAACAGGCUCUCAUUUGGCCCUGCUGUUCAGCAACUUUGUGGCGUGGCUGUUGAGUACAUAGAUGCCCUGCUCUCUGAGAGAGUGUCUGAAACGCCAUCUAAUGCUGAGAUCAAAGAUUGCAAUGUGAUGACAUCAAAGCUUGUCAGAUUUGAGGAUGUCUUUACCUCAUCUGUGACUGUUGUCUUGAGUUCUGAAGGGUCAUCUAUGGAGAAUGUUGUUGGUUACACUUUUUGGCAUCGGAAAGCUGAUGAAAUGGAAUAUCCAGUAGAACCAACUCGGACAUUGUUUUCCCCUAGCACUAGGUUUGUGCUCUCAGAUCUGACGCCAGCUACAGAUUAUGUUCUCAAGAUUGUGUCCCUUGAUAGCAAAAGAGAACUGGGAAUGUCUGAAGUUCAAUUCUCCACCAGUAACGCUGGAAAUGAAUUGUCCGAUCUGAACUUGAAAAGCUUAGAAGUUGAAAGAAGUCAAAGUCCACUAACGAAUUGCAGCAACCUUUCUAAUCCUUCUUCAGUGGAGGAUGAAACUAAUAACAUUGUGCUCUGCUGCAAUGAGGAUGAGAACAGAGGGGAUAAUUGUCUUUCUUGUUGUGAUAACACUGAUAAAACAAUUUCUACAGACUUGUGUUGCACCACAAUCGCCUCCACUAGUAAAAGUCGUAUAGGACAUGCUGGAGAAAUGGUAUCUUUAGGUGAUGAGGAAGAUAGCAUAGUGAAACUAAGCUCCUUGCCAAAUACUGAUGCUGUAAAUGUUGAGAGCAAGCAGUGUUCAGAUGUUCAAACAACAGAAGAGACGAGCACUGAUAAUGGGUCAAAUGCACCUCUCCAGACUGCCUUGGAAUUUACACCAUUUGUGGGUAGUGUGGAAGCUGGCUUACCCAUUACACCCUGCAAGUUGGAGAAUAUGAAGGGCAGCCUCGGCAGGAAAGGAAAAUCAGAACAUUGCAGCAAGGAUCUUCUUGAUAAUGGAUCAGGGAAGGAGGAUGGACCACAAGUUGGCAGCUCUUCGAAGAAGAGAGUUGGAGAAUGGCAUGAAGAAUGUGCUGGAACUGGAGAUAAGGAUUUCGAGUAUUAUGUCAAAGUAGUUAGAUGGUUAGAGUGUGGUGGGCAUAUUGAUAAAACAUUCAGGCAGAAGUUCUUAACCUGGUAUAGCUUAAGAGCUACACCACAAGAUGUUAGGAUUGUCAAGGCAUUUGUUGAUAACCUUAUCGAAGAUCCAGCAUCACUUGCUGGCCAGCUGGUUGAUACUUUCUCUGAUGUUAUUUCAAGCAAGAGAUCUUCUGUAGUUCCUGCAGGCUUUUGCCUAAAGCUUUGGCAUUAAAAGGAUCAGAAUGUGGAUCCUCUAUUCUCUGCUUCAAUAUUUAUAAUUGCUGCUUAGCAAAACACAAUUCUUUGGUUCCCAAAUUGUCCGAUGUGAUUGUUAGUCGAUUCAUAUUCAUAUUUAUGAUAUAAACAAUUAGACCUUUUAUUUCUUCUUAUAGGUUGGUUCUACCCAAUUCAUCCCACAUUUCUCUCUGAUGUUAUGACUUUGGAAUUGGAAUGAAAGGGAUCUUUGCUGUAAGAUAAUUUGAAAUACAAAAUCUGAUUGGAUA